CUCAUAGCGGCUCGGGCUCUGUUGCGCUGACAGAUCUGCGCUGGAUGUUUUACACACUCCUCAGGCGCAGGGAGGCGUUAGCAGCGCCAGUCUGAACCAGAACUAGCUGUGCGAGGAAGGCAGCAAGCAACAGAGCCUUUACCAUUGGGCUAACGAGUCGAUAAAGAACGGAAAACUGGAACGCCACGACGGAUUUCUUGUGGGACAAGCGUACAGGCCUCGCUGCUAAAACGAUGCCUCACACCAGACGAUACUCGUCUUCGGAUAGAGACAGUCGAAGCAGCUACCAGGACCGCUACAGAGACAGGGGGCGAAGACACCGGCACAGAAGAUCACCAACAUACUCAUCCAGCAGUGACAGAGACAGAGACCGGGACAGAAGGGGACGAGGACACAGACAGGAAGGCAGCUAUGCACGUACAAGGAGUCGAAGCUAUGACAAUCGCUCUACAGAGCACCGACCAUUUGACCGAAGAUAUUGCGAGGGAUACAGACGCUUGGAUCAGAGUCGAGAACGAGAUCGGGAUAGAGAAAGGGAGCCACAUGGAGCAACAGACAGUUACUACCCACGUGACUUCUCCCCAAACAUGUACGACUAUAGACGUGGCCGUGAGAGGGAGCGUGAACGAGACGAGUCCUACCGGCGGAAAGGCAGCAGGCGUAAGCACAAAAGAAGGCGGCGUAGAACCAGGUCCUAUAGCCCAUCCUCCUCGCGGAGCGACAGCCGGACGCGGGCACUGAGUGUGAGGGACGACGAGGAAGGGCACCUGAUCUGUCGGAGUGGGGACGUCCUGCAAGAGAGAUACGAGAUUGUCAGGACUUUGGGAGAAGGCACCUUUGGGAGGGUGAUGCAGUGUAUUGACCAUCGCAGAGGUGGAGCACAUGUUGCGCUAAAAAUCAUCAAGAACGUAGAAAAGUACAAAGAAGCAGCUCGUCUGGAGAUUAACGUACUAGAAAAGAUCAAUGAAAAGGACCCUGAUAACAAGUUCCUGUGUGUACAGAUGUAUGACUGGUUCGACUACCAUGGUCACAUGUGUCUCUCAUUUGAGCUUCUGGCUCUCAGCACCUUCGACUUUCUAAAGGAAAACAACUACCUGCCAUAUUCCAUUGGGCAAGUCAGACACAUGGCCUACCAAAUUUGUCUUGCUGUGAAAUUUCUCCAUGACAAUAAGCUGACACACACAGACUUAAAGCCUGAGAACAUCCUGUUUGUUAACUCAGACUUCACAAUGUCCUUUAAUGUUGAGAAGAAGCGAGAGGAGCGGACGGUGAAGAACACAGCAGUACGUGUGGUGGACUUUGGAAGUGCAACUUUUGACCAUGAGCACCAUAGCACUAUUGUUUCCACACGGCAUUACCGUGCCCCCGAGGUCAUACUUGAACUGGGCUGGAGCCAUCCGUGUGAUGUGUGGAGUAUUGGCUGUAUCUUGUUUGAAUACUACCUGGGCUUCACCUUGUUUCAGACUCAUGACAACAGAGAGCAUUUGGCCAUGAUGGAGAGAAUUCUGGGACCUGUGCCCUCGAGGAUGAUUCGCAAGACAAGGAAACAGAAGUAUUUCUACCGUGGCCGUCUGGACUGGGAUGAGAGCUCCUCAGCAGGGAAAUACGUCAGAGAAAAUUGCAAACCUUUACGGCGGUACCUGCUGUCGGAGGCAGAGGAGCACCACCAGCUGUUUGACCUUAUUGAAAGUAUGUUGGAGUACGAGCCCACCAAGAGGUUAUCUUUGGCUGACUCUCUCAAACACCCUUUCUUUGAGAAUGGGGGUACUGGCGAGGCAGCAGGCAGCAAGAACUGGGAGGGAAACCGGGACAUCAGCCGGUGACCCCCUGAGCCUCCUAAGACUGAAUUACAGAGGAAAUCAAAUAUUUCUGUGGGUGGAGCAGAUGAACUGUUUCUCAUUAAAGCAUGGACACGUUAAUUUCUUGCUCCUCAACCUCGGCCCUCUUUGACAUCCACCUCUGCAGCCACAUGAGGCAUGAUUUUGCAGCAGAGAGACCAAAAUAAGCCACAAAUGACUGGAAAGAGUCCAAAAAUCUUUUACUCUGGCCUCAAAGUAGCCCUCUAUGCAGCUCUUGUCUUCCUUUUAACUUGUGUACAUCUUCCUUUGAUCCGUCCAUGUAUUCAUUUCAUCAGCAUGUGAAAUUUUUUUAUUUUUUGUUAAAAUCAGCACUACAAAAUCAGUUACACACAGUAUCAGUUCUUUUUACAGUUCUUAAGAGUAAGGAUAGAGUAUAAAGGAGGCAGAGCUGUAUAUGCAAUGCACGUCUUCACCCAAGUAAUGUUAAAACUGGAGACAUGCAAAAAAGUCUAUUAUGUUACAUCAUAUAAAUCAAAUUGAAUAACUUAUUUUUGAAAUUGUGUCUCAAGUUUUUCAAGUGAGAACUUGCAUUGCAUAUCACUUUUUGUUGUUGCUUUUUUAUUGUUUGUUAUUUUUUAAUCUAUUCAAGGAAUAUCCCUGAUGUGGAGACUUAUUCUCCGAUUCACAGGCCUCCUGUUGUUCGCCAAUGAGAUGAUAAUGGUGAUGGACACUCCUCACUCACAGGCCUCUGUGGCCUGUCUUAAUAGAUAUAUAUGUUUGUUACAGAAUACUUUCUGGGUGUGAGUGUGUUUGUGUAACGGUGGGAUGGUGUGGGUGACAUGUUUUUGUUCCUGUUUUGCUCAGUGGCUUCUUUUUAGUUCAGGUAAAACAUGGAAAAAUUCUCACACACUUUUGAAGAUAAACAUAAACUGCCUUCUCUGUUGAGGUUAAGCACACGACUCCUGGUGAGAGCCAGCAAUCCACACACACAACUCUUGUUGACAGUAUUUAUUUUGAGUUACAGUUGGUCAUAGUCCCCCUUCUCCCCACACAUCCCUGUACAUGACUUUUUGUAUGAAAUUAAAGCGUAUAAAAGUGUAUAUAUGUAACAUUGUGUAGGAUUAAAGUUAAGUCCUCCUUGCCAAAGGCUUGUGGUGCUCUCAGUAUCAGUUUGAGCCUUUGGUAACUAAAGGGAGGCACUCUGUCUUUAAA